AUGGGCAGCCGCGGCCGCCCCCCGCGCCCCGCCGCGCCCCUGCUGCCGGCGCUGCCCGCGCUGCUGCCCGUGCUGGCGGCGCUGGCGGCCGGCGCGGCGGAGGCGCGGGCCACCUCGGAAGGGCGGCUGCCCGGAGCCGCGGCGAUGGGCACCGGCACCCCUCCGAGCCCCAGCGGCACCGCUUUCGAGGAGACGCGGCUCCACGUCUUCACCCUGGACUAUCCCCACGUGCAAAUCCCCUUCGAGAUCACCCUCUGGAUCCUGCUGGCCUCCUUGGCCAAGAUCGGCUUUCAUCUCUAUCACAAGUUGCCCUCAAUAGUGCCUGAAAGCUGUCUCCUUAUUCUGGUCGGAUUGCUUCUUGGUGGGAUUAUUUUCGGAGCAGAGGAGAAGUCCCCACCUGUAAUGAACAGUGAUGUAUUUUUCUUGUAUCUGUUACCACCUAUUGUACUCGACGCUGGAUAUUUUAUGCCAACUCGUCUGUUCUUUGAGAACUUUGGUACCAUAUUCUGGUAUGCUGUGGUGGGCACACUCUGGAAUGCCAUCGGCAUUGGAAUUUCCCUGUAUGGAAUUUGCCAGAUCAGUGCAUUUGGUUUGACUGAUAUCACUUUGCUGCAGAAUUUGCUCUUUGGCAGCCUCAUUUCAGCUGUGGAUCCUGUGGCGGUGCUAGCUGUCUUUGAAAAUAUCCAUGUCAAUGAGCAGCUUUAUAUCCUGGUGUUUGGAGAGUCUUUGCUGAAUGAUGCUAUAACUGUGGUCCUGUACAAUUUGUUCAAGUCUUUCUGCCAGAUGCGCACAAUUAAGGUUAUUGACAUAUUCGCUGGGAUUGCUAACUUCUUUAUAGUGGGGAUCGGUGGAGUAUUGAUUGGAAUCCUUUUGGGAUUUGUAGCAGCCUUUACCACCCGUUUCACCCAUAAAAUCCGAGUGAUUGAGCCACUCUUUGUCUUCCUGUACAGUUACUUGUCAUACAUAACAGCUGAAAUGUUUCAUCUCUCGGGCAUCAUGGCGAUUACAGCUUGUGCCAUGACCAUGAAUAAAUACGUGGAGGAAAAUGUUUCUCAGAAAUCGUACACAACGAUAAAAUACUUCAUGAAGAUGCUGAGCAGUGUCAGUGAGACUUUAAUCUUCAUCUUCAUGGGUGUGUCUACAGUUGGGAAGAACCAUGAGUGGAACUGGGCCUUCGUUAGCUUCACCCUCCUCUUCUGUUUAAUCUGGAGGGCACUGGGUGUUUUUGUUUUGACUCAGAUCAUUAAUGUAUUCCGGACAAUACCUCUCACUUUCAAGGACCAAUUUAUUAUCGCCUAUGGAGGUCUCCGAGGAGCAAUUUGUUUUUCACUUGUAUUUCUGCUUCCUCCUGCUGUGUUUCCCAGGAAGAAAUUGUUCAUCACUGCUGUUAUCGUGGUGAUAUUCUUUACUGUUUUCAUUCAGGGAAUAACAAUUCGCCCACUAGUGGAGUUUCUUGAUGUCAAAAGGUCAAAUAAAAAGCAACCUGCUGUCAGUGAAGAGAUUUAUAACAGGUUCUUUGACCACGUGAAGACUGGAAUUGAAGAUGUAUGCGGACACUGGGGUCACAACUUUUGGAGAGAUAAGUUUAAAAAGUUUGACAAUAAAUACCUGCGAAGACUUCUAAUCCGUGAGAACCAGCCCAAAUCCAGCAUUGUUUCUUUAUACAAGAAGCUAGAAAUCAAGCAUGCCAUUGAGAUGGCAGAGAGUGGAAUGAUAAGCAAGGUCCCAUCAUCAGUGUCUCUCAGUGACUAUCAUGAAGGAAAGAUAAAGCCCCUUUCUCCCACUGAAAUGGAAAACAUGAGAGAAAUAUUAACAAAGAAUCUCUACCAAAUACGACAUCGAACAAUGUCCUACAACCGACACAGCCUGGCUGCAGAUGCAGGUGAAAAGCAGGCCAAAGAAAUUCUGAUCCGUCGCAGGCACAGCCUUAGGGAGAGCCUGAGGAAAACAAACAGCCUGUCAAGGGAAAGACCGGCUGCAGCAAAUACAAAAAGAUUUCUUUCACUUCCUAAAAACACUAAACUCCCAGAGAAACUUCGAGUGAGAAAUAAAACAUCUUCCAGAGUGGGUGACAGCAGUGACUCUGAGUUGGAUGCUGCUACCACAGUGCUCAAUCUAAGACCGAGAGCAGGGAAAAUCUUGAGAGACCAGAGACUGAGACAACAGAGACCACUACCUGAGUUUAGGGUGGAGUGGAAGAAUGAAGUUGACGGGAGCCAGGAUGGGCGAGGAGAACAGCAGGACCCAAGCACCGUGCCUCAGCCAUCCAUUGGGUUCAGGCAGCCACUGCUGACGAGACCAAGAUUUGGCACUCUGAGCAGGGAAGAUCUGACUGCAGACCAUGGGUCAGCAAGACCCAUGCCACCACCACGGUUAGUUAGGCAGGCAUCGCAAGGGGACAGGCAGAGAAAUAAGCCUGAGAACCAGCUGUAUUAA